AUGAUUGCCUCGCUUGCUGGAUGGGGACUUUUUGGUGUCACAGUUAGAGCCUAUCAACAAGGAAUCAGGAAAGUACCAUUCUCUUACUACCCUCUUGGAUACGUGUAUUCAGCUUUAGGUUGGGUCGCUUUCGGAUAUGGAUUUAACCUUUGGACGGAGAGAAAUGACAAGUUAUUAGAGAAAAGGGUUGAAAAGUUGAAGGAAUCCCGUAACCUUAGAUUAUCAAAAGAUGACUGA